CGAGCAUGUCUCCCCGUAUAAAACCUCACCGAGCUGUGCCAUCUCGGACAGCCAAUGCACACCUCCGCUUCAAUGCUAUCGCGCAGUCGGUCUUUCGCCAUCAAGCACAAGCGUUUGGAGCCAUACCGCAUUCUCGACCGUCGCCAGCAGUGACUGCCUUUACGCCCUGGAAGAUGGCCAUAUACAAAACCAUCCCUCCAGUAGCAGCAGUGUCUGAUGCCUCCUCCGACACGCCCACUGCAGACCUGAGCUACUUCGCCGGCUUACAGGGGCAGCCAGACGAUGGCCAAUUCCCAUUGGACGACGAGUGUGCUACUUCGGAUGCCGCAUUCACCACAGCCUUUCCGCUUCCCGACUGGGAUAUUCUCCCUCCCGAGCUUGCGCCGAUUGGGAUGGAUCAAGCCUCAGAUUUCGGCCCCUCCGCUGCGCCAGACUGGCAUUCCAACAUGACACUCCAGCCCGCUACUUCGAUCUCAUCGUUCGAUUUGCAUCUAAGAAGCCAUUGCGCUACCAAUGUAGACUCCGGCAUCUCUGCCCCAAGCUCUUCGGCAGGGGAUGCAAAGUCAGGCACGUCGUUUGUAGUCUCGACUGCGCGAGCGCAAGCAAUCGAACCCUUCAAGAACAUCAUCAAGGACUUGUACAUUACCCAGAAUCUCGCUCUCCGCGAUGUGAAGAGAAUUAUGGAGGCUGAUUACGACUUCCGAGAGACCGACAAGGUGUACAAGAACGCCUUUGCUCGUUGGAGUUUCAACAAAUACCAAUCUUUGCGACAGCGGAGAACGCCAAUGGCUUCGGGCCAGCCACUAUCUGGCAGAAGGAGACGCGCCUCGCCCGCCAGGACACACCCCCGAAUGCCCGACAUCACACGCCAACUCCUACACGUUAGUCUCAACGCCAGGAGUAUCGAAAUCAUCUCCAGGGCUACCACCCAAUUCCUAUCGACGCUCUGCGCAGAUAAUGGCCGGGUACUGAGCGGAAGAAUCAGGCUGGACGAUAUGUUGGCCGAUACCGGCCUUUUGGAAUACCGCAUAAUCGUCGCCAAGCGUGCCUUCAGGGACGGCAACGAGGCGGAGGCUUGGGAUCUGGUCAACAAGGCCUUUCUCGAUAUCGAGGAGUCUAUCAGGUGCCUUGAUUGCAGGUCCUUCAUGGAGCUGUGCUUUCGCGUGCCCAACGCACUGCUCGAGUCCAAGCUCUACGACCUGGCUGCUUGUUUCAUCAGGCACACCCGCGGCAUGGCGCUCGCCCGGAACCUGGGGAGCCAUCACCCAGUCACAGUCAUCAUGACAGCCGCAUUCCACCUUCUGGGAGGUCCAUACGCCUCGGGGGAGCUUCUGCUGGUUGCGAUGGCUCAGUGUAGCGCUGACGCUGCGCGACGGAUUUCAGCACUCCACGGUGGUGUGUCGGCCGACGAUCUAUCAAGCUGGUGUCACUUUAAUGUGACUCCGACACAGGCCGAGAUACGGGUCAUCGCGGACCAACUUGGCGCCUCGGGAGGCCAUGUCGGCAGCUGGGUGUCUCUCGAGGGAUUGGACAAUUUCCUCUUCCUCCAGGAGAAGUCGGGGGUCUACAUCGAACAAUACCCAGAGCUGGCAAUGAGGGACAUGGCGAGGCUGCUGCGCGUGAUACAGGGCGCCGGGUGCGACUACGGGGACAUCUUUAGGUUCAUCUCGAGGUGUGUUGGCCUGGCCUUCGUCUAGCUAAGAGGCUCCCGCGCCCUGACUUGAUUGCGAUGCUGGCCGAGACCCUCGCGAUGCUGUCCGAGACCCUCCCGAGGCUGUAUGAUAAACGGCCAAUUGCUUUCUGGGACUUUGUGGAAAUGGUCGGAUGCCUCGAGGUCGUUGGGAGACGCCAUGUCGCUGAACGCUUCUACCGAAUGCGCCGCGACUUUUUGACGGUCCAGGAGCACGACGUGCGGCUAUAGCAGACGCGGGGCACAAUGCCGCUGGGGAUAUCUGCGAGUGACGAGAUCAAGCGGUACUGGGGCGCUUCAGCGAACCUUGCCGUUGAUGAUCCGAGCGAGGCAUAAGCGCCUCUUGUCUCGCUUCAGCCUCGUGCCGGUGGGUGGUUCUAGUGGUGUGUUGAGAAGGC